AGAGAAAACAGAACAGAGCCCAAAGCCUCGUCACAUCUGCCUAUAAAUUCCCGUCACCCACUCACAGUCUUACCACAUCAAUUCUCUCAAACUUUCUCUCUUUUCUUAAAGAAAAUACAGAGACAGACCCCUUAAUUUAGUGAAGACGUAGAACAAUGACGAAGGAAGUGGUUGGGGAGAAGGGAUCCUUCUCAGGCAAAGACUAUCAAGACCCACCGCCUGAGCCUCUAUUCGACGCUACUGAGCUUGGGAAAUGGUCUUUCUACAGAGCUCUCAUCGCUGAGUUCAUAGCCACUCUCCUCUUCCUCUACGUCACCGUUAUGACUGUUAUUGGUUACAAGAGCCAGACCGAUCCAGCCCUCAAUCCUGACCAGUGUGCAGGUGUUGGCGUCCUCGGCAUCGCUUGGGCCUUUGGUGGCAUGAUCUUUAUCCUCGUCUACUGCACUGCUGGAAUCUCUGGUGGACACAUAAACCCGGCGGUGACAUUUGGACUAUUGCUGGCUAGAAAAGUGACGUUGUUGAGAGCAGUAAUGUACAUGGUGGCUCAGUGCCUUGGUGCCAUUUGCGGCGUGGCUUUGGUUAAGUCCUUCCAGUCUUCUUACUACACCCGCUACGGUGGCGGCGCAAACGGUCUCUCUAACGGUUAUAGUGUUGGCACUGGUGUUGCCGCGGAGAUCAUCGGGACAUUCGUCUUAGUCUACACCGUCUUCUCCGCCACUGACCCCAAGAGGAGUGCGCGCGACUCUCACGUCCCUGUAUUGGCUCCAUUGCCAAUUGGAUUUGCGGUGUUCAUAGUUCACUUAGCUACAAUCCCAAUCACGGGCACUGGCAUUAACCCUGCAAGAAGUCUCGGAGCUGCAAUCAUCUACAACAAGGACCAAGCUUGGGACCAUCAUUGGAUAUUUUGGGCGGGUCCGUUUGCGGGUGCAGCCAUUGCGGCUUUCUACCAUCAGUUUGUAUUGAGGGCUGGUGCGGUGAAGGCGCUCGGGUCUUUCAGGAGCCAGUCUCGCGUUUAGCUUUGACUCUCGUCAUCAAAGAGAGCAAAGAAAGAAGACAAUAAAGAGCGGCUUUUUAUGUAAUGUUUAGAUGGUUUGGAACCUAGCGACGUGUAGUAUCUUAGUUCUAGCUUUCGUGAAGAGAUGUUUUGAGUGUGACUUGUGGGUCAACUUUGAAAUGCUACUUCUCUUAUAUCUAUGUCUGCUAUUUUAUGUUGCUCUAACUUUUACUAGUUUUCUGAAUUCCUUAUAUGAACUUUCCACGUGAGAGUAUAAAGGCCACCCUAUAUUUACACGUGGAAGAUUAAGGUUACUUUAAGAAAUUAUUACUAUAA